UUUACGCUUAUUAGUUGCCAUGAUUGUUAAUCGGUAUCAGUUGUGUUUGAAUUUCACGGUGUCGUACAAUGCACUAUUACGUCGAGCAUCGUGUGAAAGUGUCAAAUUAUUGUGUAUACGUCAUUCGUGUCGUUUUGAGCUGAAUUUCAUGGGCUGUGUAUUCGUGUAGCAUUUUUAGUCAGGGACUUGUUAAUGAAGCACGAAACUUGAAAUGUAUCCAACCUAGUGUUUGGCAUAGUUAAAUUCUUGAUCCAGGAGAUGUUGAUGUUUUAGUCAACGUUGAGUCCCACAAGGCCAAGGUGUUGAUUCCUCGCCAUUCAGUAGAUGUGGAGAGAAAUCAGGUUCAUUGAAGAUGAACCAAUGAAUGUGAACGCAUAUUAUGUCGGGAAACCAUGACACGAGGUGUGGGAGCAAAAUGAUUGGCAUGGUAGGCUUUUGGAGGCUCGUUAAUCAGGAAAGAGCGGAAAUGGACAAUUAGCAAGGUUUAUUACGGUGGGGCUACGAUCACACCUUCUUCCGGGCUCGAUUCUUGUCAACUGCAUUACGGUAAUAAUGGGGAUUUGAUCUUCUAGUAGCUUCAUAGAUCGCAUAACAUAGAGCCUUCAGUUAGAAAGCGAAGUAAGGUAACCUUAAUUGGAGAUCACUGCAGCUUUUUGAUCGUUGUGAAUCAUAAAUUGAGGAAUUUGAUUUAAAAACUGCGUUUAGGUUUGUUCGACAUUUGAAUUAAACUGUCAGUCUGAUUGAAAAAGUAGACAUACAGCAACCAAAAGAUAACGGCAGAUAGCACUUGUGCCUUUCAACAAGCGAUUGUGAUCUCAUCUUUUUUCCUGUCCUUUAACUCUUCGAUCAACAUUAGGAAGUUCUUAGUUGUGUACUGAUACAAUAAAAGGUACCGUGGAAAGUAAUGGUUGCCAAUAGUUAUUUAUUUUAUUUUUCUUUUUUUGCUUUUAUAAGAACCUGUGAAAUUUGUUUGUAUGUGUAAAUGUGUAGGGGACAGUGAAUGUUCAUGUGUUGUGUAAGAUGUUCCACGAUCUCUGAUAUAUUUGGGCAUCUUUUCGCCAUCUUCCUCACUUAAAAAAUAAGCAUUCAUCGAUAAAUUUAAAGUUGUGUUUGUCCAAGAGCUGAGACGUUUCAGUGGAAAAUUCAUUGGAAUGGGGCUCUUCAUGUGUGUCAUCCAUUAAGGAAUUGAACAUAGAUGAAAACUAAUAUGCAAUAGAAAACAGAAAGCCACAUAGUAGGCUAUUGACAAGUGUUUACGUGGAAGAAGGCCAUAUGUCUUUAACGAAAAGACUUCCAUUGACCUUUGGUGUUACAAAAGGGAAAGUGGGUGCAGUAGAGGCUUGCAAUUUUUUUUUUUUUUAUCAAGCUUGUAUAUAGAAGCAGAAGGGUACUAAGCAGUCGUGUCAGAUUCCGCAUCAGAGAUGGACGUCAGCAGCGCGUUGCAAGUGAACCUGCCUGUGAUUUGGGUCCUCAUAACAACAUCAACGGCGUACGCCAUUUACAGGUACCUGACGUCAUCGUUCAGCUAUUUUUCCGAUCAAGGCAUUCCUGGCCCAAAACCUUGGCCAUUGGUUGGCAAUAUGUGGGGAAUCUGGAAAGCGAAUUUACCCAAAUACGACCAACAGAUGAUGAAAAAAUAUGGCAAAAUCGUAGGGUAUUUUGAUGGAUCUCUCCCCAACCUGUGGAUUACGGACGCUAACAUGAUACGAUCAGUCUUCGUGAAAGAUUUUGAUCACUUUGUUAAUCGCAGGGACAUCAGUUUGAAGACCAGAGUGAUCCGAAAAUUCCUUACUAUGAUGAGGGAUCAGGAUUGGAAAGACGUCCGCUCGUCGAUAACACCAGUAUUCACCACUGACAAAAUCAGACGGAUGUCGCUUAUGAUGAAAGAUUGUGCUGACCAACUAGUCGUCAAAUUUGACCAUAUCGCCAAAUCUGAAGGGAAAAUCGACGCAAGAGCCCAGUUUAGCAUAUUCACUGUGAAUGUGAUUGCUCGUUGUGUUUUCGGGAUGAAGAUUGAAAACCUGGGCGCCGAAGAUGAUCCAUUUUUGCGAAACGCCAAGGUUCUUUUCAAUCCACCAGUCAGCAAAACACCACUGAUUUUGAUACUGUUUAUUUAUCCCAAAUUGCUUCGAACUAUUGGCGAACGGAUGUUUAUUCAAAAGGAAUUCCAAUAUUUUACUUAUCUUCUGGAGAACUUGAUCAAAGAACGCGAGGAAACCAAACAGAAAUUUUAUGACUUUGUUGAGACUGCGAAAGAAGCCAUCAGUCAAUAUACCAAACAAGUUAAUGGCGAAACAGUACCUGCAUGGAACAAGGACGGAGUAGAUGAAAUUGUCAUCGCUCAGGCAGUCCUCUUCCUGUUGGCCGGUAUUGACACGACGGCUACCACCCUAACAAAUUCGGUAUUCCAGCUGGCUGGGAAUCCCGAUGUCCAGGAGAAACUUCAUGAUGAAAUUAACAGUCGCAUUGAACAAUUUGGUGAAGUGAACCACGAAAUGAUACUGGACUUUCCAUACAUCGAUCAAGUUAUCCACGAAGUGAUGCGCCUAUCGCCAGCGCUACCAAGUGUUGAAAUAGUGUGCAAUAAAGACAUUAUUGCCAAUGGCGUGUACAUAAAGAAGGGCAUGUUAGUGACCGUGCCUACCUACGCACUUCAUUAUGACCCUGAUUACUAUCCAGAUCCGUUCAAGUUCAAUCCUGACAGAUGGAGUCCAGAAAAUAAAUCCAAUUUAAAUCCUUAUGCGUACAUGCCGUUCGGAAGGGGCCCGCGCAAUUGUGUCGGAAUGCGUUUUGCAAUGGAAGAAAUGAAAAUCGCCCUUUGUAUCAUCCUUAAGCAGUAUCGCUUCUUUCCCGUCCAAGAGACUCCGGAUGAAAUGAAAUAUGAAGAUGGUUUGUUGAGCGUCGUGCAACCGGUUUUUGCUACUGUAGGGAUUGAACUACGUCAAUAAUGGGGUUCUUUGUUAACCAAUCUGGACGGAACGUCUCCCCAGCUUUUGCGAAAACCUAGAAUUUGUUUAACAUUUGCAAUGUUUUUUUUCUUUAUUGGCAGAAUUUUGUAUGGGCCUUCUAGCUGAAA